AGUUUAAACGAGAUUAAAGAACUCUCUUCAGUACAGGAUAAUUCAACUUUGUCUCAAGAAGUUGACGCAAAGAUUUGGAAUUUUAAAGCUUGGAGGACUUUAUAUGUUGCUUCCGCCUAUGCAGUCUUAAACAAAGAUUGGGAAGCAAUAUCUCUACUUGGGCGCGCCAGAGAGUACAACUCUCAAGCAAGAAGUGCUUUGUCCCAAGUAACGGCACCUGAUAAAGAUGACGUGUUAGUAGUUACUUUAAAGGAAGUCGAAGAAUUAGAAAAUAUUAUUAGAAGUUAUAGGUGUAAGGCACGUGCAACAUGGCAUCUUCGUCAUAGUGGAUCAGAUGAUUCUGACGUAACAAAAAAAUUGGGCGAGUUGACAAUUGAUGAAAAGUCUAAACCUGAUGCUAAAGAAAUCAAAGAUGAAGAGUCACCUUUGAUCGAACGUCUUAAUCAAUAUCCAUCAAAUUUAACAAUGAAUAACCCGCAAUUAGUUAAUUUUCCACCGGAAUUUACACCAAUUCCUGCCAAACCAUUAUUUUUUGACAUAGCCUUCAAUCAUGUUGAUUUCCCUUCAUCUCUAUCCCAGCGUGCAGGCAGAAAACAAGAUGGAUCAGGCCGCUUUGGUGGCUUCUUUGGUAGUUUAUGGGGUGCUAAAAAAUGA